AUGGCGACCAAGGCUCUGCGUAACAAGAAAUGCCUGUAUUGCGAAAGGAAAUUUGGCAAAGCCGAACAUCUCAAGCGUCACCAGAGAGCUCACACGGGGGAGAAACCGUUCAAAUGCGCGCACUGCGGCCGCGAGUACGCGCGGAGCGACGUGCUCAUACGACAUGUCAGGAACCACCACUCGGCCUCGGCCUCUGAAAAGCAGACCGGGUCCCCUUCGCCAGAGACAAGUUUGCAAACGGCGCACGGAGAUGAGCUAGUGGAUAGGCUCCCAAGUCCAUCUUCUCAACUGCGUCGAGAUGGUCGUCCGGCCGGUUCGAUGCACGCGCAAUGCUUGAACGACGACAAUCCGUCAAACACCAUAGGCAGUCAAAAACAGAAUACGGGGAAUCUGCAAGAUCAACCGAACAUUCAGGCCUCCUCCCAACGAGCCAGGCCCUUGAUCGGGCCCGAUAAUCUGGUGGAUCGAAGGGCUGUAGCUCCACUGGAAGGCUUUGAAGACUGGCUGGGGCCUCAAGAUCUGCCUCUGGCCGCCAACGUAUGGGACGAUCUGUCACAAUUUGAUUUCAUGAGUUUUACGAAUGAUGCACGGCUUAGUCUCUCCCCCUACCGACCCCGGCACACGCUGCAUUCGCCGCCCAAGGACAACAUAUCCGAUGAAAGAUAUGCCAAAAUAGCAAGCCUGUGGCCAACCAAGAAACAAACGCCUCGACAACUGAUCCAGACUCUCUGGCGUGAUGUUGCCUCGUUUCAGGAGGAGAACAUAUUCUCCCAGCCAGCCACGACGGGGCUCGAAGGGAAUAGUGCACUAGGCGAGGUCCCAGAAUCGAGAUGGGGCCUGGACGAGGAACGGAGGGCGAGAUUGGUCGAAGACUGCGCGCCUUUGGACAUAUCAUUUUGGCAAAAAGCAAGCAGAGGAGUUGAAGCGAGCAUCAGAAGCACCAGUGCGAGUGACUCCCAAAGUCAAUCUAGCUGCGCGCCUGCAAAGUUUCCCUCGACGCAGAUCCUGGACAUCAGCCUCGACGUCUUCUUCCGUCGUUUCCACCACCUGAUGCCGUUCAUUCACGAACCAACAUUCUCCGCAAAGAAAACCUCCAGCACCCUCUUGUUCCCCAUGUGCCUGAUGGGCUUGACAAUGUUGGACUCGGUCCGCGCGAAGCGAUUUGUGAUCUCUCAUCUCGGCGACGCCAUUGAGAGAUGCCGCCGCGACCUGGUUGUGAGCUCGCAGAAAGGGGCCCAAUUGGGGGAAUUUUUGACCACCAUGGCCGCUUCAGUCCUGUUGUUGUCCCUGGCCGCAAUCAAUCCCAAGCAGCCACUUUCCGAACAUUCUCGGCUCCUUUACAACGAGACAAUCAACGCUGCCCAGCAGCAUGGGCUUUUUGCCCCUCAAGAAGGCGAACAGCUGUCUUCGGCCCUAUUUCAGACCUUGGACAACGUGGCCAUGUGGAGGGCUUGGACACGCAUAGAAUCGACCAAAAGAUUGAUUGUGUGCCUCAUAAUGUCUGACUCGUUCUUCUCGGCCCUCGACGAUCAUAAUCCCAUCAUACGGACCGAGCAGCUGCAUUUCUAUUUCCCUUGCAAGACAGAGUUGUUCCAAGCCGCCACCGAAAGACGAUGGUCUCAGAUGGUCGACGCCGGCUCAUUGACCAUCAUGCCUCUGAUGAUCCCGCAGCUAGCUUCAGCCAUUCUUCCCCCAGCCUCGGAUGCUAGUGCAAUAGGAUUCUUCGGUCUUUUUUCAACAGUCUGGGUUCGAAUAGUGGAAGCAAGAUACCGCUGUACUCUUCUCACGUCUGAGCAGUCAAACCUUCCGGUCCCAGCUGAGAUCUUUGCCCACGAUGAACACGCCGCCUCGAUUGCCCCAUUCCUCAUGAAGAUGUGGAGGUCGUACGGUGAAACCAUGUGCAUUAUCAAUCCCAACUGCGAGGCCUUCUGGCACCAUUUGAACAUCUCGAUGACGGCGGACCUUGGAGUCUUCGAAAUCGCCUCCGGCCGGGAAGGAGCAGAAAGCGCAAAGAAUGCCCUCGACGAUAUCGCGACCUGGUCCGCGACGGCCGCUGCUCGCCGAGCGUGUCUUCAUGCCGCACAGAUCUUCUCGUGUAUGUCGAAACGGCGGCCCAUUGAUGGGACGUCCUAUGAAGCGGAGAUCGCUCUGGUGCAUGCCGCUUUAGUGCUUGGUCUAUACGUCUUCGUGAUGCCCCAGCCGGACGAAACAGAGAACUCAGAGCAGCAACAAGCACAGAGACAACCCGAGGCAUUUGAACUUUUGGACCAAGUGGAUUGGAACCUCGUGGGUGAAGUCGGCUUUACCAGCUACAGCACCUCCAGUACCGACAUUGACAUGGGCAUGGACUCUGCAAUGUGCGCGGCGAAGGGAUUCAUCCAGAAUGGUGGACCGAUCUCUUUCUCCGGCGUCGUCCAAAAUGGCGGCUACGCCUCGGCAAGGAGGGUACUCCUCGAGUAUGUCUAUCUACUGGAAGAUGUGGGAACACGCUACAAUGUGAUGGAGUUCUGUCACAUCUUGCGGAUUCUGAGCGAUGCGCUUAUAGAUUUUGACUCUGGCGGCGCGGAAUAG